UCUAAUUUUAGGGUUUCAACUUUCCCCAUUUCGUAUUAUUGAAAUUUAAUUAAUCAAUCAAAUGACUUCUUGUUUCCUGAAAUUCUUUCUCUUCUUGCUCCUAAUCUGGGCGGCCUUUUUCGGUCCAAUCUGUAUCAAUGGCCGCAUCUUCAGCUUCAAGAUGCACCACCGCUUCUCCGAGUCUAUCGAGAACUUAUUUAACUCGUCUCAUUGGCAGCCCAAAGGUACCUACGAAUACUACGCCGUUUUGGCUCACCACGAUCGGCUUCUACGUGGUCGUCACCUCGCUGAUACUAACGAGCCACCACUUUCUUUCGCCGAUGGGAACUCUACUUUGCAAAUCAACUCAUUAGGAUUCUUGCAUUACACGACGAUUCAAUUGGGGACGCCUGGAGUGAAGUUUAUGGUUGCCCUUGACACGGGAAGUGAUUUGUUUUGGGUGCCUUGUCAAUGCAACCGAUGUGCGCCCACUCAGGAUUCUAAUUAUGCUUCAGAUUUUAAACUCACUAUGUACAAUCCUGAAGGGUCGUCAACUAGCAAAAAUGUCACCUGCGACAACAGUUUGUGUGAACAACGUAAUCAAUGCCCUGGAACAAUCAGCAGUUGCCCUUACUCAGUUUCUUAUGUCUCAGCUCAAACUUCUACCUCUGGUGUUUUGGUAGAGGAUGUUCUGCACUUAACAAGAGAAGAUAAUAAUCAUGAAUCUGUUGAGGCAUAUGUCACAUUUGGCUGUGGACAGGUUCAGAGUGGCUCCUUUCUGGACAUUGCAGCUCCAAAUGGUUUAUUUGGGCUUGGUAUGGAGAAGAUAUCAGUUCCCAGUAUAUUAUCUAGGGAUGGUCUUACAGCAAAUUCUUUCUCCAUGUGUUUUGGGCAUGAUGCUACUGGAAGAAUUAGUUUUGGAGACAUGGGUAGUCCUGACCAGGAAGAGACUCCAUUUAAUGUGAACCCAUCACACCCAAAUUAUAGCAUUACUGUGACUCAAAUUCAAUUGGGAAUAACUUUGAUUGACGUGGAUUUGACGGCUCUUUUUGAUACUGGGACCUCUUUUACAUAUUUGGUUGACCCAACUUAUACAAAGCUUUCAGAGAACUUCCAUUCUCAGAUACAAGAUAGACGGCAUCCACCUGAUCCAAAAAUCCCUUUUGAGUAUUGCUAUGAUAUGAGUCCUAAUGCAAAUACUAGUUUGGUACCCAAAUUGAGUUUGAGAAUGAAAGGUGGAAGCCACUUUGCUGUCGAUGAACCAAUAAUUGCUCUCAACUCUCAGGGUGGAUUUGUAUAUUGUUUGGCUGUUAUCAAGAGCACAGAUUUGAAUAUAAUUGGACAACACUUUAUGACUGGCUACCGGGUCGUAUUCGAUCGAGAGAGACUUGUCUUGGGCUGGAAGAAGUUCGACUGUUAUGACGUUGACGAUUCAUAUAAUUUCCCAGUCAGACCACAUGCUACCUCUGUUCCUCCAGCUGUUGCUGCUGGACUGGGGCACAACUCUAGUACAGAUUCAAAUAGAGAGACCAGAAACCAUUCACAAAAUUCAGAAGCAUCGCUUUCUUACCAUAGCCGUAUAUCUUUUCUCUCUCUAUUCAGAUUUGUCUUCUUAAUGGUUCUAUUGUUUUAGCUGUUCCAUGCUCAUUUCUUUCUCAACCUAUUUGCAGUUCUCCAUGGUAGUGAUU